UCGCACAAACCCUGAGUCAGUCCACUGGCGUCAUGGCAAGCCAGCCAAUAGUGUUGACUUCCGAUGAGAUCACUAUACAACAGGCAGCAUUGCAGGAGGCACAACUACAGAAGGCUUUAGGAGAGAUAAAAGCGGAGAAGGAAAGAAUGAUUAGAAGAAGAGCCAGGAUGCAUCGGAGGCAAGCGGACGUUGGUGAGUUAGAGGAGAUGGACCUGACGCACAUGAGUGAUGAUGUGAAGACCAUGCGGUAUGUCCUGCUAAACGUAGUAGAAAUGCAGGACCACCAGACGACUCUCCUUCAGGACAUUCAGCAGAGUCUGGCCUUGUUGGUUGGGCGAGCGCAGGCAACACCAUCGAUGUCCGGGCCUGGUGCCUGGCCCGUUGUACAGCCUCCUCCUUUUGUCCCACCGGUGACUGGGGUGUCCCCAUAUACAGCUCCAACAUCGGUCCAGACCGUUUCCCUGGGAAUGCCGUUAGCAGGAGGGUUCUCGGCAGGUCCUAGUUUGCAGGUUCCUGUACAGACAGUGUUCUCCCAAACUUCGUCUCAGGUUGCCGUUAGUGGGCAGCCUGCUGUCUCGCAGCCUGCACAGCAGCAGGGUACACAGCCCCAGCAGUCGGUGCAGCAGCCUGCACCACAGGGUCCACAGCUCGGAGUGAUGCAGGGACCGGGACAAAGUCGGUGGGUACCAAAGACGACCAUCGCUGCUCCUAAACCCUUCACAGGGGAUAAGAGGGGUGAAGACCUCGACACUUGGUUGAGGGCAGUGUCGGUCUAUGUCAAAUGUAAACUUACCUUGCCGCACGAGGAAGUGCUUGUGGCUGCCUCCUAUCUAGAGGGAAGUGCAGUACGAUGGUUGAGUGGUUUAGUGCAACUACAGGGGUACGGUCAUGACUUCCGCGCUUGGGCAGCCCACCAGAAAUUGGAGGACUUUCUCAAGAUGGUGGAAGACAAGUGGCAUGAUCCUCAGGAGGCUCAGAAAGCCACUGACGUGAUCCUGACACUGCACACGAGGCAGUUCAAGUCAGUAAGGGAAGCCAUUGACGUUGCAGAGCGUCUGAUCUGUGUCCCUGGGGUGCGCUAUGACCCCCAGGUCUUACUCACCUCCUACCUGAGAUGCUUUCCCAUGCCUCUUUGGAAUCAGUUGGCGGAUGAGGCCAACAUCAAUAUGCACAACUUUCCCUCGUUCAACAAGAAGGCCCUCGACCUGGAGGCAAAGAUAUGGCAUGGACAUAAUCCCAUGACGGAUGGUAAGAAGAAGACACUGCCUCCCAACUGGAAGUCAAAGGGCCGCAUUAUGUUCGUCGACAACGAUGGUUCCACCAUCGAAUUGGACGACGAGUUCCAGGCGGGGAGUUGGUACGGUCUGUACGAGUUUGUGGUGAUGCCUUUUGGCUUUUGCAAUGCUCCUGGCACCUUUCAACACGCUAUGAAUCGGAUAUUUCAUGACUACUUGGAUAAGUUCGUCAUCGUAUACCUCGAUGACAUACUUAUUUUUAGUAAGACUGUCGAGGAGCACGUUGCGCACUUGGACAAAGUCCUUAGUCUUCUGCGUCAGCACAAGUUCAAGAUCAACGGUGAGAAGUGCGAGUUUGGCCGCACCCGUGUCUUGUACUUGGGUCAUGAGAUUUUCGCGGAGGGAUUAAAGCCCGAUGACGCGAAGGUGGCCAGCAUUUGUGACUGGCCGCGUCCUCAGUCUGUGACUGAGAUGAGGUCUUUCUUAGGGAUGACCGGCUACUAUUGCAAUUUUGUGCAGAACUAUAGCAUAGUUGUCGCCCUUUUGACUGAUCUAACCCGCCUUGACACUCCAUGGGAGUGGACAGACAGGCACGGUGAGAGCCUGUCUAUGGACUUCAUGGACAUGCUGGUCACCAGCAAGAGCGGAAUGAGACACAUCUUUGUUAUCGUGCAUAGGUUUAGUAAGUACGCUAGGUUAGUUGCAAUGCCGGAGACAGCGAAGACUGAGCAUGUGAUUAAACUGUUCAAAGAGAACUGGGUUAGAUAUUUUGGAUUGCCAAAGUCUAUAGUCAGUGACCGUGAUGUGCGAUUCACAAAUGAACUGUGGAAAGCUGCAGCUGCAGAGCAGGGAACGCAGCUGCAGAUGACAUCAGGAAACCAUCUCGAGGCGAAUGGACAAGCAGAACAGUUGAACCGCGCUGUACAACACCUGCAGAGGCAUUACAUCAAGCCAAAUCAGGUAGACUGGGAUGAGAAAUUUGCUCUCAUUGCCAGCCUGUACAACAACGCGGUCCACAGCGCAACGGGCGUGAGCCCGAAUAGUUUGCUAUUAACCUUUAAGCCUAGACUGCCCUUGGAUUUCUUACUACCUGAAAACCAGCCCUCUGCUGCACCAGGUACUUUAGAGUUUGCUUAUCGAUAUGAGCAGCUGAUGCAGCAGGCUGUUGAACAGAUGCACAAGACACAGGCGGCGAUGAUAGAGUCUGAGAACAAACACCGCCGCCCAUCCACGUUCCAGGUAGGAGAGAGAGUCUGGGUCAAGUCCUCAGAACAGGGACAGGAGCACGGGAUCUCCCGCAAGCUCAUGCCACAAUACUUUGGACCAUGGGAGAUUCUGGAUGUUGUUGGGAAUGAACCGGAUGGACCGUCUUAUGUUAUUCGCAUCCCUGGUCACUUACGUACGUACCCUGUUUUUCACGCUUCUAAGCUUGCACCAUUCAAAGAAGCUGACCAGUUUCCCUCUCGUCGCUCUAUGCUGCCCCCAACCAUGGAUGGAGAGGUCGACAUCGACAACAUCGUUGACCACAGGGAGAUGCCAGUUCCAAGACCAAUAGGCAGAGGACGUCCUCCAAAACCGAAGCUGCAGUAUCGAGUUCGGUUCAGACAUCACUUUGAUCCAAAGGAGGACAGAUGGUUCACAAGGGAGGAACUGAUGCAGACCGCUCCACAGUGCCACAUAUGGGAAGAGGAGCGGAAGGAUUGGCGAACAAGUGAAGAAAUGGAGAGCACCCUGCAAGGGCGGAUGAAGAGGAGACAACGGGUGAGAGACCUGAGGGAAGCGAUUUCCCCCCAGUGGGUCGACCUCCUGAAGCAAGAUGAUAUAACAGUGGGGCAAUGGGUGAAGCUCAAGGGCAACAAGGCGCCAGAAACACUGUACAGGGUGGAACAUGCCUUAGCGGAUGGCAACCUGCAGGUCACUGAAUGGUUGGUGGAGGAGGUCGGCUCGGCGCGAGAAGAAGAAGAGUACAGUGUGUCCCGUGGAGUGGGAGGAGGAUUGUCAGGGGAUAGUGAGUGGGAGGGCUUCGAGGAGAGAAUCCAUUUCGUCAAGUGCUCAUCAUCAUCAGUAACGAGAUUCGUCAUCACCGUUGCCAUCAUCAACAGCAUCAUCAUCACCAUCAUCUUCAUGUUCAGCAUCGAGGUGGAAAGAACGUGGCAGCGGGAGUGCCGGGCAACAGAAGGACAGAGAGGAGCAGCAGCAUCAACAUCAGCAGUAGCAGCAGCAGUAGCAGCAUUUCUGACAUCAUCAUCAUCAUUAUGUGAAUCUUUAUUGGAGCGUGAGGCCUUGUAGAAAGAUCUAGGGUUUGCUGAGGGUGGAAGGCAGUCUAGUAGUGAACCAGGGGGGGCUGAAAUGAAGCGAGAAGAGAUCA